UCUGCGUAGUUUGAAAAAUUAUUUUCUUACUGGAAAAAUGGUUGACGCUAAGAUCAAAGAUUUCGGCUAUAAUUUAUGUCGAAAAUAUCUCGGUGGGGAAUGGAAGAAAAUCAGUCCACAACAUUUUGAAAUUGAACGAAUUCAUGGUGGAUUAACAAAUCAUUUGUUUCUGUGCUCUCUGCCACAUGAAUAUGCAAAUUCAAAUCCUGAUGGUGUGAACAAAGCACUGCUUCGGAUAUAUGGUGCAUUCUAUGCAGAUUUGUCUGACAACAAUGUUCGCAUGAUGGAGGAAUGCAUCAUUUGCGGCCUUUUAGCUGAAAAAAAGAUGGCCCCAGAGUUGUAUGGUAUAUUUCCCGAAGGAAGACUUGAACAGUUUAUUCCUAAUGUUCGAGCAUUGACUAGUCGGGAAGUCCAGUAUCCUCGUUUAUCACAACAAAUAGCUGAGCAUGUUGCUGCGUUUCAUAAGCUAAAACUUCCUCUCUCAAAGGAAGGAACUUGGUUUUUGGAUUCACUUCAAAUAUUUGUGAAGGAAAUUAAAGGUCUUAAAUUUUCCAAUGUUGAUAAAUUAAAGAUCUUGGAUGAAAUUUUUCAUAAAUUUGACAUUGAUGAAAUUCUCAAAUUUAUCAGGCACGUGGUUGAAAACAGCCAAUCACCAGUUUUCUUCUGCCAUAAUGACGUACAACCAGGAAACUUGUUGGUGAAAGCAAAUGAAGAUCUCGAUGAGGCAAAAAUUCGUGUGAUUGAUUUCGAAUAUUCUUGUUAUAACUACAGAGGAUACGAUAUUGGUAAUCAUUUCAGUGAAUGGAUAUUUGAUUACAAUCAUCCACAUUAUCCCUUUUUUACCGGAGACGUCACCAAAUAUCCUUCUUAUGAUCAAAAGAUUGUCUCUUCUUUCUCAUUUCUUUUGGGCGAUGUUUUCAAUUCUUCAGAGUUAUAAAUCCUCGAUCAAUUUUGGUUAUCUCGAAUACGCCCUUUUUCGAAUGGAAUGCUUAAAUCAUUUCAGGCAUUUUUCCGAGGAGAAACCUGGAGACAAGUUGCGUCGUGAUAAUGGUAAAAUCCAUUGUGAUGUUUAGGGUGAAGUACAUUUUUUGGUGAUUAGAAAGAAUGUCAUUCAGAUGUAGCAAGUAUGUAAAUUAUCUCCACCAACACAAUUGCUUGUUUGCGUCUUCAUUCAAAGUCUUCUUGAAUAACGGGGUUUCUUUUUGAAUUUACCAAUUACUAACAGUAAUGUGCUUAAAUGUAAGGUGUGUAUGACUGCGUUCACUUGUGUGUGAAUUUCUACACAAAUUUUCAAAUGAAUAAUAUAACGGUUUAACUCUAUCUAAA